AUGUCAAUCAAGUUAUUGUUAGAUGUUGGAUUCUGUGUAACAAUGAGCGGUUUCAAUGAAGUUAUCAGUGAAGGUAUAGAGGGGCAGCCUCCAACCCUCCCCCACCCCCGGUCGCAAGAAGCACAAGAAAACCCUAUUUGAAUAGGGUUUAAUAUUGAUUCCAUCCAACACAUUCAAAUUUCAAGGUAAGCCUAGUCUAUGAACCGGCCCAAAAAUAUGCGUCACAAUUUAAUCUAACGUUUUGACGUUACUUCUGCAUGAAAAUUCGGGUAUAGCGAUCGGACAAGAAAAAGGUAUUGUCCCGGAAAAAAUGUACCGAAACACCUUAUAAACAUAAACCUUUACGAAUCCUUAAAGAAUUCUUAGUGUACAAUUUAAUCACUGAUUUUGAAUUAAAGCUUCUUUCAAAAAAUGUUUUGCAUUAAAACUGGGUAGACUUAGUUCAGUUUCUUUACAACUAGAAGCCCUAACAGUUAGGGAAUGCUAAAAUGGCAACCCGGUCUUUCAGUUUCCAGAACGUUGUUAGAUGCGAGUCAUAAAUCCCACACCUCCAGAAUGACUUUCGCUUUCGAAUUUCAAUUUUCGAAUUUUCGCUUUCACUGAAUUGACAAUUUUUUCCUUUGCCUUUUCUCUCAGUUUUAGGAAUUAUGUGCAAAAAGUGCACCCCUUCAGCUAGUCCCGUAGUACUCUGCAACGAUCCUUCACAGAUAACCGAGGUAAACUGUGACGACGAGGCUGCUCUCGCUCCAGAUGUAACAUUCGACGCUUGCACUUCAGGAAAGGUAGUGGCCAGCGCAGGCACUACAUUUGUCUAUGAAUGUACGGUCAAGGUAAGUUGAAAAGAAUAAUAAGGUCACGUUUUGCAAAGCGUCCACCUCUGACUGUUAACACCGAGUACCCAUCUAAGGUGUUAAUCCAACCUGGAGUACGAACCCCUCAACCUCUCGCUGUGCAAACUCGAUUUGCAAUGGAAAUUGAAUAUACCCUGGGAAUUAUUCGAAUAAAAGACCUUUUUACCGAUCUUUCCGCGGCAAUGUUGAAUAAGUUUGAUUUAAGGAGUAUUAUAGAAUGCCCAGGGGGCAUGAGCACAGUACGUUUAGUAUUUACGAGCGCCUUUCGGGGCAUUUAGAAUAAGAUUGUCAUGGGAAAAAAUAUCGUUGUUCCGUGUUUGAAUGUAAUAAUGAUCGCCUUUUCCCCGAGAAAUAUACAGUGAAAGAUCAAUUUCUAAUAUUAAGCGAGGACAGCAGAUCGUGCUCUUUCCCCCUGGCCAUCCCAUAAUACUCCGUAAAUCGAAUUAAUUCAAUAUAGCCGCCUUACCGGCAAAGAGGUCUAUCAAAACUAUGGAAGAGAUUACACGAAUUUGCACGUGCUUGCUUCUUCAUCAACGCUCAAAACCCGUGGCUGCGAAAGUAAAAAGCCUACUAGCAACCUACCCUCCCACCUGACAUGCCCAAGGUUUGAUGUUGCCCGGCCGUUCCUUUUACUUGCAUUGUCCGAGGCCAGAGCCAUUCCUCGUACCUCAUCACCAUGUCAUGAAUAACAAUACCCAGAGGAGAAUACCACAACAAAAUACAGUAAUCCUACCUCUAAAGAACCCUUCAAUCCCACUACUUGGCACUAUAUAGACCAAGUAAUUUGACCUGUUAUUUCACUAACAUUGUUCAAAAUAAUAGCUCAAGAUUUACACACCCUAAGUUUUUUUUUUCUUAAAAUAAGUGCAAGUGUUUGGAACCUAUGACCUCCCAAACAAUGGGAGUUUACUGGGAGGGCGCUCUACCCAUUGGGCCACGGAGGAAAGACACCCUGAGGACAGUUGUAGAAGCCUAAAUGUAAUAAACGACCCUAAAUGUAAUAAAGUCCUAAAUGUAAGAACAUUUUGUCCUAAAUGUAAUAACAUUUUGUUCUAAAUGUAAUAACAUUUUGUCCUAAAUGUAAUAAACUCUUAAGUUGCAAAUUACAGUAAUUGCUCAAAUAAGCGCCGCAUUUGGGGGAGGUGGAAUUUAAUAUUUAAGCGCUCUAGCACUUAUUCGCGUAAAUACGGUGCUAAGAGGUAUUACUAUGGUUUUAAGCGCCGCCCUCAAAUAAGCACCGCAUUUUUGGAGAAAAAAUUUAAUAAGCUUCGGUACAUUUCCUUAUACACUUUCCUUAUAAAUUGCUUGUAAAAGGACAAAAUAUAAAAAAAACUUGUAAGCCUUAAAAAGUUUUUUAUACUUCAUUUCUGUUAAAGAAAUUUACUGCGAAAACCGUGAACGAAGAUUCUGUUGCUUGUCAACGUUGGAUCUCUAGAAAAGAGAUCUAAUCAGCCAAAAAUAUUAAGAACAAUAAACGAGAAGUCUAAGGGCCUGUUUACAUGGAGGUGGUAGGUGAGGUAACCCGCUUUGGUCGGUAACCCGCCUGUCCACAUAAUCUCUCAUUUUAAUUUGAUCACGUUUACAUGAUAGGUGGGGUGACCCGCUGCAUGUUACCUCACCUACCUGGCCGUACCCCACCUCCAUGUAAACAGGCCCUAAAGACUACUGCACAGCUGAUAACAACGCGCGCUCUGAUUGGCCGAGAGAUGUGUUUGCAUGACAGUAUGUAAACAUGUUUUGCUCUUCACGCGGUAAUCACGCAAGCGCGAAUUUUAAAAUGUUUUUGAGUUGAAAACUCGACAAAUUUAAUUUAUUUACCCAUUCCCUCGUCGGAUGAAACUUGGAAAAUCUUUACAAACAUGUUGUGCUAAUUUUUUCUUUCGCUUAAGCUGACAUUUUAAGCGAGAAAAACCCUUUUUUGGAAAGCACCUUUAUCAACCUCGUCCCCAGGGCGCUUUUCCCUAACCAAAGCCAAGAAAAAGCACCCUGGGGACGAGGUUGCAUCUUUAUUGCCAAACAAGAACUUAUUACACGUACAUUAGCGUACAAGACUUCGCGACUGGUAAGAAUUUCUCUUUUAAUCAGUAACCUAAACAAAGAGUUUUUCUUUUUUUUUUCGAUAAAGUUAUUUCAUAAAACCAUUAGAAAACUUUCUUCCUGUGUUUGAAUAGCCUUGAUCUUGACAGUUAUGCAAACCCGAAACGACUUCGAGGGUUUGCAUAUAACUGUCUCGAAUUCUGCCAACCCCUCGAGUGUUUAUAUCAGGCUAUUCAAACACAGGCAAAAAGUUUUCUACUGCUUAAAUAUUGCUUUUUUAGAAAAAUACUGUUACUUUGUCGUUUACAAUUGCAUGCAAGCAAUUUAUUUGUAAGCGUUAAGUUUCACAGUGCAUAAGGAAAUGUACCGAAUUUACGCGAAUUAGCGCCGCGGCGCUUAUUAACUAUUUUCUCCAAAAAUACGGCGCUUAUUUGAGAGCGGAGCUUAAUACCAUAGCAAUACCGCUUAGUACCGUAUUUACAACAAUAAGCGCCGCGGCGCUAAUUAACCCCCCCCCCCCUCUUCCCAAUGCGGCGCAUAUUUGAGGGUGGCGCUUAUUCCAGCAAUUACCGGUAUUGGCAGCUUAAGAGUUUAUUACAUUUAGGGCAAAUUAUUAUUACAUUUAGGACUUUAUCACAUUUUGGACAAAAUGUUAUUACAUUUAGGACUUUAUUACAUUUAGGGUCGUUUAUUACAUUUAGGCCUUCUACAACAGUUGUCCAAUACACACAAAUAGACUCCAUUGGUGUGAGUGGGAGUAACGAGAGUGUCGAUCGGAGCCAAUUGUACGAUAAGCACCAAUAGACUAAUGCCAUUGGUGAAUAUGCAUCUCAGUAAAAAGACUUAGCUUAUUCCCUCAUGUGGCCUUGCGGGGUGCAGGAGGAUUCCGAUGGUGUAUUGAUACCAAAGGUACGAUUGGAACUAACUUGUGAAAUUGAUAUUGUUCUUAAGGACGUCUAUUGGUAAAUAUGCAUCUUAUUAAGGAGCCUUAGAUUAUUCCCCCAUGUGCCCUUGCAGGGUACAGGUAGGGGGGGGACAGGGAGGGACUCUAGUGGUCCAUUGGGGCAAAGUACGAUUCGUACCGAUAGAAAUUAUUGUAAUUCUAAUGGUCACAUUGGUGGAUAUUACGGAUAAACAACUCAGUAAGGGGAGAGGGGCGAAGGUUAUUCCCUCAUGUUGCACUAUUAUGAAAUCCCUUUAAUAAUAAUAAUAAUAAUAAUAAUAAUAAUAAUAAUAAUAAUAAUAAUAACAAAAUAGUAGAAAUAAAAAAUAGUAGUAAACUUGCUCCGACUUACAUUUCCGAACUUGUAUCACCGAAAGACACAGGGGGUAGGUACUAUCUUAGAUCAAAUAACGGCAAACUUCUUAACAUUCCACCAUGCAAGUCUCUUUCCACGCUUGGUGAUCGAUCUUUUUAUAUGGCUGCCCCUAAAUUAUGGAACGAUCUUCCCCUUUUUAUUAGAAAUAUAUCUUCAGUUAAUGCUUUCAAGAAGGCUCUUAAAACUCAUUUAUUUCAGAAGGCGUUUCCCAGCUAAUUUAUUGUAUUUAUUCACUUUAUUAAGAAGGAUUUGCAUAUAGGAUUUUAAAGAUUAAUUUUUAUUUUUAAAUUGUUAUUUUUACUAAUUUUUAGGAACGAUCUGUAAAUAAGACUUUUGUUAAUUUUUGGACUUUUCUUUUUUUUUUUGGAAUAUGGACUAGGGUUUUAGGAUUUUGUUGAGUCAAUGUUAUGCGCAGAUGAAAAUUUCUUUCCCUGGAUUGAUAUUUGCAAAAUAAAAAUCAAUAAAUAUUAUUAUCAAAUAUUAGUAGUGGUGAUGGGAGUAAUAGUGGUGGUGGUGGUGGUGGUAGUGGUAAUGGUAGUGGUGGCAGCAGCAGCAGCAGUAGUAGUAGUCAACGUGUCUUUCGUUCAAGUUUACAAGGAGCUAUCUAGGAUCAUUCGUGAAUAAAAACUGCAGUCAUACAAUCCCUGCUGUUCGGGACUCAAAAUCCUUUUCUUAGUCCUGCGGUCGUGACAUGAUGAUUAUAUUUUUCGAAUUCCUCGCCAAGCUUUCUGCUUAUCUACCACAAUCGCAUUUGACCUGAUCUCGUGAUCUAGAGAAGUGACAACAAUGCUUGAUAUCCAAGUUUCACCUAGAGAUUCGAUACUGAUGAGUUUUAUAUUCUCCUUUUGUUCUUUUAGAACUCCUCUGAUUCUUCCCUUUUCAACUGUACCACCACGCAAGAACGCAUCUGCUUGGAUGCACAGAGCAGAUUGUCCUCACUGCCUAUUCCGGGAGUCACAAUUUCCUCCUGCAGAGCAAAGUGCUGCGACACAAACAACUGUAACGUACCGGAACUGAUUGACUCGGCCCCAACACCCGACAGUCCAACCACCAAGGCUAAAAAUGGCUUGGGCCAAAUUCAGUCGUUUACUUCACUCGUUUCUUGCCAGCUUAUCUUGACCUUUUGGUUCAAACAGUGCAUCUGA